AUGCUUAUUCGCCUUCUCCCUGCACUAUCUUCACCUCUAGUUGACGUAGAGCCAACCUCUUUUGAGCAGAGUCAUUUGUCACUUGCACUCCCUGUUGCUUUGCUCAGCCUAUUACCAAUGCUUUUGAUGGCUUGGGAUGAAGAGCAGCCGCCUCCUACGCCAAACACAUAUAACUCUGGAGAAACCAUUGGCCGUGGGGUAGGAGCCUGUGGCCUCGGUGGCCCUAGUGUCAUUGGAGGUAUGAACAGCCGUACAGGUAGUGGGUGCUGGAAUCUAAGUUCCACUUCUGCCAGCAACCUGCAGACGACAACUUCAUUGGCCGCUGCUGCAUUGUCUGGUACGCCGACUCGUCAUACUGGCCCGAUACGACCAAGAAACCUAGCCUGCAUCCUGGUUAGUCACUGA